ACUAAACGGCGCGCUGCAGUCGCCAUGCACCGAUCGGCCCGAUCCUAAUAAGUGGGAGCAACUGUUUCACAUUAUACCUUCGGUGUAAACACUGGUGUUACUACAGUACGAUAGUAAAGUUGUAGGUUGUAGCGGAGAUGUGCGGACGUGAGUUGUUCGAUGCUAUAUCGCCAGAAUCAAUAAAUCGAUCAAUAUCCCGUGAUUAUAGAUUACGACGCUCAUGCGUUACAAGUGACAUUCGCCAGAAAUACAGUUACUGGAAGGAGCAUUGGUUACAGAGAAACGAAGUGACACGUCGCAAGGUUCUGCUGAUACGGCGGAUAAAUCGAGCGUGUACAAGUAGACCUUAUAUACAUGCACGCAACACAGAAGAACAGACGGUAUCUAAUCUCGAGGAUAAAGCAUCUUUUCCUGUGUUUUCGGUGAUAUAACCAGGAGUAUAUAUAUUAUUAAUACAAAGUGACUCUUUUUAUUGCUGGCUCUGAGACUGUGCAGUGUGCGCGCAAUUCGUUCUACCCGCACAGAUCGACGAUUUUUUUUCCCUCGCGCACUCGAUCAUCCGCGACUGCUGCUACUUGGCCUUUUUAUCCUUCUACGUGGGAGUCUGGAGAUAAUCGGAGUUUAUAAAGGACUGAUUGCACAUUAUUAAGCAAAAUAAAUAAACAAUGACUGAGGUCGAGUUUUGUAAUGCCAAUAUUAGUCAUUCUUUUGCUUUACCAACAAUGAGAAAUAAUAGUCUCAUCACUCAUUUCCUACCACCUCAGGAUGUUCAUAUAAAAGAUGGAAAUGGCAAUAGUCCACUGCACUUUGCAGUAGCAUCCAAUGAUAUUGAUAUCAUUCAGUUGCUUCUAAAUACUGGAGCUAUGGUUAAUGACUCUAGAAUGGAUGGCUUGACUCCGCUACACAUUGCCAUUGAAUCUGGCAAGGAAGAAAAUGUCAAAUUACUUUUGAACCAUAAUGCAAGAUUGGAUAUUAAGGACUUGUUUGGCAAAACUCCCUUACACCACUUAGCUGCUUGUAUUAACUAUUACAAUGAAGAAGUGAUGCUCAGUAUAGCAAGAUUAAUUCUGCAGUAUGGAAUUGAUGUUAAGACUACACUCAAUGAAUGCACUGAUUCUGGCGAAACUGCACUACACUAUGCCAUUAUAAAUGGUAGCACAGAGCUCAUUAAAUUAGUUCUACAGUACGGAGCAAAUGUCAAUGCUAAAAACAGAGAUGGGAAAAGCCCUCUAUAUUUUGCGAUUGAAUUCAACAAUUUAAGCAUUGCCAAAUUAUUAUUGAGAAAUGGAGCAAGGGUCAAUGAUAAAAUGAAUCACGGUUUGACAGCACUGCAUGAAGCAAUAACAAGGAGGGCCGAGAAGAGCGUUCGGCUGCUUCUCAAUUACAAGGCAGAGGUAAAUGCAAAGGAUAUCUAUGGUAAAACACCUCUUCAUCUGGCAGCUCGACUGAAUUACCUGGAUGAAAGAACUAUGGACAAAAUAGUGAAACUCCUUUUAGAUAAAGGGGCCGAUGUGAACGAUUACACGAAUUUAGGAGAAACUGCUUUUCACUGUGCUGUUGUCAAUGGUAAUGAAAAAUUGGUCAGAUUAUUUUUGGAGUACGGAGCGGACGUGAACAUGAAAAAUUACGACGGCAAGAGUCCUCUACAUUUCGCAAUACAAUACAGCAACAAAAAUAUUGUGAAACUACUGUUGGACAGAGGAGCCAACAUUGACGAGAGAACAAAUGACGGUAAAUUAGCUCUCCACGUUGCGGUAGCCGUAGAAGAUGAGAACAUGAUGAAAAUUCUGUUAGAGUACAACGCCGACGUCAACGCUAUCGACAAAAGCGGCAAAACCCCGCUAUCUCUGGCCUUCGAAGUAGCCCACAUGAGAAGCAUAUACAACCCUUGGAAUGGUUUCUGUCCCAUGCACACGGAAAUCGGAUGCGACGACAACAUGUUCGAAUUGCUAGUCAAACACAUAGCGAAGCUGAAUUUCGUCUGCGAAGAAAAUCAGAAAAUGAUCGUCAACAGCGAAAAGCUGAACCUCUUCUACAGAGACUGCCAAGCCGAGCUAACGAAGAUGAAGGAGAACAAGGUCUGUGACAACAUAUCGAUGUAUAAAGUAUUGACGAAGAGCAUGAAUACAGUCGUGGGAUACACGAGAAACGAGAAUUUAUCGAAGAUCUUGGAAUUGGAUUUUUAUGCCAACGAGUUUCCCAUUUAUUACCAGAUGCUAAGGGAACGAUUCUACAAGGCAGAGAGCAGAAAACAACUGUUGGAAUCUUCGAUGGCGACGUUUCGCUCUCUUGUCAAACCUUUUUCUCUCCCGGACCUCGUGACGAACGAGAUCCUGAGCUAUUUGACGAUAGAAGAUUUAGUAAGCUUGAAAAUAACGUGACGAUAUACUCGCAGAGUAUUUAUAGAAACUUGUAUACUCGAGACCGCAUGUGAUACAUUUUAUAUAUACCAAAACCAUGAUCAUUGAUUGACUGUUGUGAACGUUGUUAAUAAUAUUUAUUAUUCCAAGUAAUUUAUACGUUAUCUUGAUAUUAUUAUCAAUUUUUUUUUAUAUAUUAUAAAAAGUAAAUGUUUAAUACAAAUAGAAAAAUAUUGCUUAUCCGUUAUUGUAAUUUUUGGUGCAUCAUUUUGUAUUUUAAGUACUUAUGCAUAUCCGUGACUUUCUAAAAACGUGAAUAACUCGUUAUGCUCUAUAUUUAUACCGUGACAUCAAACAUCAAAUAGUGACACGUCACGACUAGGAUUGAAUAAUUUAAAUCGUAUUUACUAA